CCAAGCCCCAAGUUUUUGUCCCACUAGGAACAAACACACACACCGCUGCUAAAACUCUCCUACUUCCUUUCCCCCAUCCACAACUUCCCUUCAGUCUUCAACAAAACCUUUGGGUCGAUCAUCUCGGACUUCCCCCAUCCUAUAUCUCCAUCCCACCAGUCCACCAUCGAUCAUCUUGUUGGGUCGAAUCUUCGAACCACUCUGAUCUUCACGACAGACCCUUCUCAAUAAAUACAAAAAAUACCACCCAUCUGCAUACAAUCGGAAUUUGUCUUCUUCCAUUGCACCACGCAGAACAAUCGAGUGAAUACUAAAACAGGAAAACAAUCUCCAAGUCAUGGGUCGUCCCAAAGGUGUGAAAGCCGCCGCGAUAGAAGAAGUUGUUGAGGAGACCGCUGUCAAAGCUCCGACGAAAAAACGGGGACGACCCAAGAAAUCUGACUCCGAGAACCGGCCAAACGGGCUCGAUUCGAGCACCAAACCAGCCUCCAAAAACGACGACAACUUGCCGAUAGAAGCCAAGAUAGAUCCCGUCCUAUUUGGAGAACUCCCGCCCUCCAAACGCCAAAAACCCUCCGAGGUACCCGCCAAAGCUGUCAAACCCACUCGGCCCUCUAAAACCGUCAAACCAGUCAAGCCGGCUAAACACAGGAAAAUCAAGCCUCAGCCGACUGCCACGAUCGUCGCGCCACCCAAGCCACUGUUUUCGUCCAAAGCGCUCCGAUCGAAUUUCAAUCCUUUACCCCAGACCCAGAUAGAUUAUACAUCACAGGAACAAGUCAAGACUAAUGUGCGAUGUGGGAACGCGUUGAAUUCGAUGAAGAUCGACAAACAAGCAUGGCUCCUCAAAGGCAAGCCCGAGUCGCACGUAGUCCUGAUCUUUGGGGCCGGUGACAUGGGCCAGAUGGGCAUGGGUCCCGAGAAGCUGGACGAUGUGAGGAAGCCGGCGGUGCAUUCGCUGAUCGAGGAGCUACGCCAAAAGAACGAGUUCACCGAGCCCGUCCAUCUUGCGGCUGGAGGCAUGCACACCUUGGUCGUCGAUAGUGCAGGCAAAAUCUGGACCUGGGGGAUCAACGACAAUGCUGCACUCGGAAGACAGACCGAGGGCAUCGAGGGCGUCGAGCAGGAAGAACUCGAGACCCGGCCCAUGUCCGUCGCUACUCUAUCUCCUCAACCCGAUCCCGAAUCAAACCGCACCCCUUUCAAGGCUGCGCGUGUCUGUGCUGGUGAUUCGGUUAGUGUCGCAGUCAGUGAAGAAGGGGAAUUAGUCGCGUGGGGUAGUUUUCGCUCUAACGACGGUCUUCUUGGCUUUGACGGCAUGGUGGGCACUUCACCUAAACAACUUGUGCCUACCCGAGUCUCGAAUCUACGAGAAUAUCCAGUCUCGCAGGUGGUGUGUGGAUACGACCACGUGCUUGCCCUGACCACCGACGGACACGUUUACAGUUGGGGAAACGGGCAACAGCAGCAACUAGGGCGGAAGAUCAUCGAGCGACGCAAGAAGAAUGGUCUAGCCCCUGAACGCCUUUCAUUGAAAAAGAUCGUCUUACUUGGCACCGGCGGCAGCCACUCCUUUGCGGUCCAUGAGAACGGCACUGUCUACGGUUGGGGCCUCAACACGCGUGGCCAGCUUGGGAUCAGUAGUGAGGAGGCUGGCUGGGAAAACGAGAUUGUCAGUGUUCCGACGCCCAUCCGAGCCAUGGCUCCGGAUCAACACGACGGAGCGAGAGUGGUGGCGAUCGAGGGCGGAGACUUUCACACCCUGUUCCUGCUCGACAACGGCCAGGUAUGGGCAGUGGGAAACUACGAGAAUGGAGAGAUCGGCAUCAAACACUCGGCGCCGGAGAUCGUGGCUGCUGAGGAGGAGCGCAAGGCCGGGGCUGCCAAGAAGGAUGUCUUCGUGGAAGAGGAGCUCAAGAAACGCAAGACCAAGUUCGAGAGCAAUCUAGCCAAAUACAAUGAACGCCUGGCGACUCGAAAGGAGAAGAAAACAGAAGCGGAAGCGGAAGACGAUGAGGAUGAAGAUCCGGCUCCGGAGUGGAACGAGAUGAAUGAACGACUAGAGGUUGAACAGGCGGCGGCCAACCAGGGCUUUGUUCCGGGACAAUGUCUGCGAACGCCGACCCGGGUGGACUUCCCCCAUCCGGUGAUCGACAUUUCCUGCGGCACCCGCCACAACCUUGCCGUCGACAACCAAGGGAACGCCUACAGCUGGGGUCUCGGCCAGAGCAAUGAGCUCGGCCAGGGAAAGGACGAAGACGGCGAGGAAAUCGAGUUGCUCGAGGCCCCCAAACUCCUCGCUAGUAAGGCGCUCACUAAGGGCUGCGAACGCGGGGCCCUGAGGGUCGUCAGAUGCGCCGCCGGUGGCACUCAUUCUUUGUUGAUUGCUGCAACCAUUCCUUCUCCUACUGAGACUAAUUAGACUUCCCUCCUGAACCUCUUCCCUGUUUCUUUCUUUAAAUUGCUUCUUUGGGCAUCACUCUUUGUUAUCUUUAUAUCUCUAUUUUUUCAUUGAAUCUUUAUCACUAAAGCUUACCCAUCUUUCAUUAGACUUCCUGGUAUCCUUACUAUCCACGUACUUUAGUGUUACAUACAAAUCACUCCACUCGCCAUGUCCUUUCCUUUUUUUCCCCCCUGAUAUCAAGUAAUCAUUAUCACCCCUUUUUUUGUAGACUCUCUUAGCCUUCUUUUUUUUUAUCUGUUUGUUUGUUUCCUUUUUUUUUCCAGUCUAAAACCCCCUUUUCUUUGGUAUGUUUCUUGGAUGGCUUGAAGAAAAAGAAAACUUACAACACACUUUAUGCAGAAGAAGAAGAAGAAAAGCAAAGCAAAGCAAA